AUGGCGCCCACCCAAUUUGAACCGCAGCCUCUCACGGCGCCCCUCAACGACCAAGCCCUCAGGUCCCUCUCCGAGCUGCAACAACAUCGAGACCGCGAAAAGAAAGCACGAGAACCCCUGAAAAAGGCGGCAGAGUACCUGACCGACAUCACGGGAGAACUCAACGACCGAGCAUACCUCCGCAGGGUUAGGCACUCCAAAGAGAAAGCUCGCCGUAGAGCUGCCAAAGGUGUCGAAGAUGGUGCAGAAGGGAACGACGACCCCGCAGAGGCCGAGGCAGAUGCAAGACACGAUGAGUUCCAACGCAAGGUCGAGGCUCUGACUAAGAGGAUGGACUUGAGCAUCCGUGGUGUCAUCGACGACAUGGCCUGGCUGACUGAGUAUCCGGCAACUCUAAAGGCAGUGGUCGAGAAAGCACAGGAGAUCACGGAGCAGCAGCGCAGUGACUUCCACGUACAAAGUCCACCGAGAAGAACCAGGCAGAGUAGGAGGGUGGUCGAUGCUGACGAGACUGGAAACGUGGAUCAGGACGACGAAGGGGAGGCGCAUGAGGCGGAGGGUGACACAGAGGCUGCAUCAUCGUCCCACCAGACAAGGAUGCUGCCGACUAUCCACCCAGCCGACUCACCACAUGUCCAUCUAUCCACAGCACUGACCCAGCAAGUGCGGACGUGGACAUCCAAGACGCUGACAGAGAGAUAUGCACACAACAACGACUAUAAGGGGUGGUACCGAGUUCUCUACGACGCCAAAAACCCUGGAGAAUCCGCACCUCCUAUGCCAGACGAAAGCCUGUGGUUCGCCGCUGAAGAGGGACGGAUGAGUUUCUCGUCCAGUCAACGUCGCCGCCACCGUCCCCUGCGAGAAGGCUCCCAAGCCGAAGCCACUAGCGUGACAGAAAAUGGCUCUAGGUCCGGGUCCGACGACGAAGUCGAGAUUGCCGCCGAAAAGACCCGGCUCAAAUGCCCCAUCACACUGCUCCCCUACGAAGACCCGGUCACAUCCAAGAACUGCAACCACAGCUACGAGCGAAACGCCAUCCUGUCGAUGCUGAGUGCCUCGAGCAGCCACGCGCUUUGGACGCCGACCCAACUGCAGGAGCUGAGCCAGCUGAGUGACAGACAGCGGAACCGGCGCGAACGCGAGAUGCGGGUCAAGCAGGUCAAGUGUCCCGAGUGCAACGUGCUGCUUGUGGAGGAAGACCUGGUGGAGAACCCGGCGCUGAAGCGCCGCGUCGCGAGACUCCUCGCCCAGGAGAGGCGGGACAACAUCGCCACGAGCGACGUAGAUGGCGAUAGUAGCGGCGACGACGACGACAACGAGAACCGCCAUCGCCAUCAUAACGACAUGGACCUUAUAGGCACCCAGCGACGCCCCGUCGGUCUCGGCUCGAGCAGUCCGGUGCCUUCACGCUCGACGACCGCGCGCAGGACCGCCGAGCCGAUCAAAGGCGAGCGCCUGUCGAGCAUGAGCGUGGUCCCGCAGACGCAGCUGGGGGAGGAUGAUGGCAGCGGCGGUGGAACGCACAAGAACAGCCAAUCCCCUGAACCUGCCCUUGUCCCGACCAGGCCGGCUCGUCGAGGCCGCGGGAGAGGGCGGAACAGGCGAAUCAUGGACGUGGACGAUGACAAUGAGUAG